UUAGAGCCGGUAAAGAGCUGUGAAAGCAGACCGGAAACAAUCCGGUGGAGACAAAAGAUGCGGCUGGCUGUAGCAACAUCGGCUUUACUAUUGGUCUUUUUCAUUUAUUCAUUAUACUGAGCAAUAGGGUUAGUUUUUAAAAUAAUAUUUAAAAAUACACGUUGGCUUUGUGAAUAGUCACGUUACAUCAGCGAAUGACUUUAAAGACACAACGGAAUAAGGACGAGAGAGGCUGCUUCGGUCAGCUGCCGGUGGCCUGCUGCAGCCAUGAGGACACCCAAUUUCCAGCGGUGUUUGGGUCCAAAUGUUUACCCAGAGGUGCCUGAAGGCGGCUGGGGCUGGGCUGUGGCCGUGGCCUUCUUCUGGGUGGAGGUCUGUACCUAUGGGACCCUCAAGAGUCUGGGUGUCUUCCUCCAGGACCUGAUGGAAGAGUUUGGGGAGAGCAACAGCCGAGUGUCAUGGGUUUUCUCCAUCUGUGUCUUCAUCUUUAGCUUCACUGCCCCCCUGUCCACGAUGCUGAGCAACCGCUUCGGCUUUCGACCAGUGGUGAUGAUGGGAGGCUUCCUCAUGAGCCUGGGAACCAUCACCUCCGCCUUCAGCAGCUCCAUCAACGACAUGUAUAUCACCAUGGGUAUUGUCUCAGGCCUGGGCUACUGCUUCACCUUCCUUCCCACCGUCACCAUCCUAGCCCAGUACUUCUCCAGACGGCGAGCCCUCGUUACCUCUGUCGCUUCCUCCGGAGAAUCUUUCGCCAUGUUUGCAUUUGCUCCAGCGUUCUGUACACUGAAGGAACACAUUGGCUGGCGCUACUGUCUGGUUGUCCUCGGCAUCUUUCAGGCUUCUGUGAUUGGCUGUGGGCUUCUCCUCCGUCCAAUCAUUAUUGUUACGGAGCCUGUAAAGGAGGGCAAAGAAUCAGAGUCUCUGUCUUUGAAAGAGCUGCAGACUGCUUUGGAGCUGGAGAACGAACAAACCGGGAUCUCCAUCAGUUCAGAGGACUCGGGUGUCACCUCCCUCUCUACUUCCAACAGAGACCUGAGGACUGCAGGAGCUGAAAAGAAGGCUCUGAUGGAGUGGGAGGUGCAGGACAAACAGAGCUUGGAGCUGUCACUGUUCACCCCCCCCAGCCCAGUCAAGGUAGAGGCGGGUCCUCUCCAUGCGUCCAGCUCCAAACUUCUGGACUUUUCUGUGCUCAAAGACGGUGCCUUCAUCUGGUACUCGCUCUUUGGCUUGUUCGCCACGCUGGGCUUCUUCGCCCCGCAGCUCUACAUCAUCGAACUGAGCAAGAGCCGGGGCGUGGAGCCCAGCUGGGCCACCUACAUGCUCUCUGUGAUGGCUGUGGCCGAGAUCUUCGGCCGCUUGUCCAUCGGAGUGGUGUUGAAUAAAGUCCACUGCAGGAAGAUCCUGGUGCUGCUGGGCUGUGUGGUUCUGCUGUGCCUGGUGCUGGUGGCCUUCACUAUUGUGUGGGAGUUCUGGGGCCUAGUGGUCUGCUGCGCCCUCUACGGCUACUUCAUGGGCACCGUCGGCUCUAUUCACGUCCCAAUGCUGGCUGAGGAGGACGUGGUGGGCAUCCAGAAGAUGGCAUCGUCUGUGGGAGUUUACGUCUUCAUCCAGAGCUUUGCUGGUCUGGCAGGGCCACCACUAGGAGGUGUGUUGGUAGAUGUCACACAGAACUACGGCGCUGCCUUCUACUCAUGUGCCGUGGGAAUGGGCCUCAGUGCCAUUUGCCUGGCUCUGGUUGGCCCGACCAAGUCCGGCAUGUGCCAGAGACAGAGCAGACACGAAGAGGCAGGCAGGAGUGCAGAGGAAGAGGAGGAAAUGUCUGAGGAUAGCGGCCAGUCUGACUUUUUGGAGGUGGACUUGGUCAGACAGGCUGCGGACCAGGACAACGUCUCUGUAAUAUGAAACCGACUCCGGCAUGACAUCACCAGUGUCACUAACACUUGCCCACAGAGAUGCUCUUCAAAGAUGCUGCUGGUCUCUUUGGUCUCACAGCCGUCCCUUCUGUAAGACCAAAGACGUAUCCAUGUUGAGCACACGGAGUCACACCUUUAGCUGCUUCACUACAUUUCUGCUCCAGCUGCUCAGGGCAAGAGCUCGCUCUCACAAUCCUCUGUGCAUCAGUCUCAUUCCCUUUAUCUCAGGAAAGAAGUGUUGUUGUCAUGUAUACUGAAGUAUGAGUUGGACAAAACAGUCAUGAUAUCUGCAAGAAGCCUCUGUGACAUCACCCCUGUGUUGAGCUUGUUGAUUGGAGCUCAUGUCCUCAUGAGAGCUCUGCUGAACACCUGCACGUUGUGUUUGUCACCCCAUGAUGGAAGCACGCUGAACAUCCACAGGACACACUGCUUCAUGCGCUAAUGUAAUUCUUCUUGCAAAAUGAACUUGAAUCAAUCUAGCUGUAUGCAUUUGAUGCACGGACGAGGAUUUAACUGCUGCUAAAGCUGGACGAGAGAUGUUCAUACAGGUUUGUCUGUUUACGCACAUUCAUGGAGUGGACGUUUGUGUUCCAUCACCAUGGUAACUGAAGCCAUAUUGCAGCAGUGUAUUCUAUGAUUCUAUAUGGUGGAGUUUGUGGGAUUCAUUGUGCAUGAGCCUCAGAACCUGUUUAUACUUCAUUGUGUCUGCUCUGUUAUCACGCUCUGAUCCUGUGGAUGCACUGGAGGACGGAGAAGAACUAGUGGUUCACAGUGAGUUAUUAUCAGUUAGCCAUCGCUAACUAAAUGCAAUGUUGUACGUUAUACAGCAUGUUUAAAUGUACAACCAGAGGCGGUCAUAUACAGUAUACCCAGUGGUGACAGAUGCAAAACCUAGAAAUGUAUACAACUUCACAUUUUGUACACAUUUAACACAGGUGAUAAUCCAUGUACUAAUGCAAGGGUAUUUCAGCUAUGCUCUUCCUCUUUUGUUCUCCACACGGACCGUUUACCUGCAUUCAACCAAAGUCUGCUCCAACGUGUUGGUCAACACAACUCAGAACGUGAACCAGAACACUUCAGAUACCAAAGCCUUCUGCAUAUGACUGCAGGAUCUGUGUAUAGAGAUCAGAAUGCUCUUGACCAGGCACCAUCCCUCCGACUAACACACAUGGAGGAGGCACAAACGUUUCUUCUCUGACAAGCUAGUGAGUUUUUUUCCCUGGAGAACCACUCCAUUAAACACAACAUCAACAUCAACGCGGUUGCUGGGCGUUGUAGUUUUCCCACACUUGAGGACGUGUUGUUGUAUAUAUCUGCCUCUAGCCAACAGGGGGGGGCUUUGCCAUGCUUGCCCCAAAUAGCCAGUCGCCUGUAUGUCUCUGUACUGUAUAACCUUUAUUUAAGCAGUUGACAAUGAUGAUAUGAUGCAAAGUUUUUAAUAGAACUUUUUCAAAAAGAAAAGUAUUGACAUGAGUGCGAGGCAGGUGCCUGCCUGUUAAGUGCUGCUUUACUUUCAUUAUGUAUUAUCCAAAUAAAAUGUCCUCCAAACA